CACGUCUGUAAACACGCCGGGGGCCUGUCAUGGGGCGGGUAAAGGAGGCGGUGGCCGAGCGGGGAGGCGCCUGGGGCAGCCUCCUGGGUCUGCUCUGCCAUUCCUGAACUGGUCCGGGUCCCCGUGACCGUGGCUUCAGGGAAGCGAACUGUUAGGCGAAGGAGGAGGCAGUCAGAGCCAUAUCCCCUUCAUCCCCGGGGCGGGGGCCGGGCCUGGCCGGCUAAGGCGGGGGAGGGCCGGGAGGGCGCCGGGCCGGGCCGGCCUGACUGCCGAGAUGGAUGACAGCAAGGUGGUGGGAGGCAAAGCAAAGAAGCCUGGGAAACGAGGUCGGAAGCCAGCCAAAAUCGACCUGAAGGCGAAGCUGGAGCGGAGCCGGCAGAGUGCCAGAGAGUGCCGGGCCAGGAAGAAGCUGAGAUACCAGUACCUGGAGGAGCUGGUGUCCAGUCGGGAGAGAGCUAUCUGUGCACUCCGGGAGGAACUGGAAAUGUACAAGCAAUGGUGCAUGGCAAUGGACCAAGGAAAAAUCCCUUCUGAAAUAAGGGCCCUUCUCACUGGAGAGGAGCAGAACAAGUCUCAGCAGAACUCAAGCAGGCAUCCCAAAGCUGGGAAGACAGAUGCUAACACCAAUUUGUUGCUGGGGAAUUGAACCCGUGGCUCAGAAAUGCUAGGGUGAAGAGCAUCCAAAAUGCAGUCAGUGAUCAAAGCCAACGGUCUCUAGUGUCUAUGGAGGACAAAUGGGCAGGACUUUGCUUCUUGGCUCCAUGUACUGCUUACUGCUCAGUAGGCAUCUGUGUAAAUCUUAAGUUUCUACCAAAAUGUGUGAUCUUACAUCACGAAGGCCUUUGCUUUAAUUUUCAACACUUAGAUUUGCCAACAUUCAGACCUGCUCUGUAUUGCUCUCCAUGCUGGUCAACAAGUUACGAUGCCUGAAACCACAGAAAUGGAGGAGAGAGGAUGAAAAGCGCAUAUUUGCACCUUAGCCGUAUGGCUCUUUUGGUUAAUUUAUAUUUUCCCUAUGUAAUUCAUGUGUUUGUAUGUGUGCUUACUUGUCACUUCUCUUUGUGUCUUUAAUCGCCCUAUGAAAAGAAACCAAAUAGGCUGUUUGUUUCCUGUGGGUCUCAGCCUUUACGGACCCAAUGUUACUCCUUUAUAUUUACUUGAGUGAUGUUCGAUUGUCUGUGAGCCAUUCCAGCAUAAGCUGUGAGUAUCCAUUAGCAGAUAUAUACAGUUCUAUUUUUAUAAUCCACAGUGAUAUAUGCCUGUUUUAAAGAAUGUAUGUAAGAAGCCCACCAAGAAAGCCCGCAGACAGCCCCUUUCUGCUGUUUCCGCAGACUGUGUUUAUGAAAGCUGGCUAGGGCCAGCUCCGUGCUUGGAGAAGAACUAGCCAUGUUUUCUUUGCAGGUGAAAGUAACUUUUCAGUAGCAUUCGUUAUCGUAACCUGCAGUGUGCGUGUGCACUUGUGUUUCUGCUGUAUGUCUCCAUGUACAUGGGGUAGACAGAAGUGAAUGUUCAUACAUGUUUGCUUGUGUACUCAACUAAGACAUGGUUUUGUUUUUUUUUUUUUAUUGAAGAACGCGGAAUGAAACUAGCUGCUGAGACUGAGUAUCUGCCUUCCUGUGUAGAGCACAAGCCACACUGCUGG